CUCGUCGCAUAAUUUUUUCGCUGAAAUUGUCAAAAUAGCACGCAAACAGCAGUCAAAAACUGGCGCACGAAAAAAUAUCAAGUUUUUAAUCAAAUUUGUUUAACAAAAGUAGAAUUUCUUCAUCUCUUGACCUUUAGUAACAGUAAUUCUCCAUCGGUAAGAUAUUUUCUUUGACCCCGACAACGAAACCGCAGCCGUUGUAAACAAUCAUAGGAAAAGUAUCCAGAGAUCACGGAAAAUGUCCUCGUCGGAUGAGAAAGACGAUACCGGCGGCGGGGAGCAAUCGUCCGGCGAGUCGGAAGUCAAAAUCAAGGAUGAACCCGAUGACGAUGAGCACGAUGGAACCACCAACUCCAUGAUGGACAUUGACGGAUCCCCUCCGCCAGCGUUUGGCCCCGCUGCACUGGGUCUGCACCCCGUGGGGACAAAGUUCCCGGAGAAAACGACCCCGACGCAACCGAUUCAGGCGUUGAAUGCUCGCGGAAUGCCCGCCCGGAUACGCAAGAAGAACAAACUCUUCUUCGACGAUGAUCUGCUGAUCAACGAUCGGAUCCCCCCUAAGGGAAGCCCUCGUAAGGGUGGAACGCCUGGGGGAACGGGGUCAGCUAACUCGUCCCCACAGAAAGGGCUCGUCACACCAGGGAAGAAUUUGACCCGUUCCGGGCAGAAGAAGAAGGUCCUUUCGCGGUACGUCAAGAUGAAGGACAGCUUGAAGAAGCGCAAGGAAGAUCCGGACGAAGAAGAAGCCACGGGAACAACUGCGCAGGGCACACUGCGGGUUAUCAAUCCGGUCGCCCUGCUGGACAAGAAAGCCAGCCAGCGGAUCGGGCUGCGACUGAGGAAUCUGCUGAAACUGCCGAAGGCGCACAAGUUCGUCAGCUACGAGUGGUUCUACAGCAAUAUCGAUCGGGCGCUGUUCGAGGGCGAAAACGACUUCCAGAUGUGCCUGCGAGAGAUGUAUCCGGACCUGAAGACGCGGCAUUUGACGAGAGCCGAGUGGAACCGCAUUCGAAGGACCAUGGGAAAACCGAGACGUUGCUCGGCGGCAUUUUUGGAGGAAGAACGUCGCGAGCUGGAGCGGAAGCGGCGUAAGAUUCGUCUGCUACAAACCAAGCGAUCCGGGGAUGUUUCCUUUGUGCGGGAUCUGCCCAAGGAAAUUCCCCAGCAGCUAACCGUUGGCACAAAGGUGACGGCAAGGCUGCGGGCCCCGCAGGAUGGCUUGUUCACCGGAACCGUGGAGGCAAUCGAUGUGAUGUCCAGCUCGUAUCGAGUGUGCUUCGAUCGACCAGGAUUUGGCUCCCAUACGAUCCCGGACUUUGAAGUUGUGGCCAACGAUAAUCCCGAGAAGAUUGCUCUGAACACAAUUACUAAGGACUUCCGACCGAAAUAUCAGAAUGCUUCGUUCUACGUUGCAUCGCCUGCAGUCAAAAAUCCCAUCACCGGCAUCAAAGGAGAUCCAUUGCUCGGAGGGGACAGCUAUCCUAAAAUCCCCGGCAUGCCAGACAGCAAAAUGCUCUUCCCGAAGGACAACAUUGGCGGAUUCCCGGUUAAGCUGCUAGAGCUCAUCGUUAGAACGAGAAAGACACUGUCGGCCAAGCAGAUGAAAUUGCUUCGGUUGCAGAACAUGAACUCGGAAGCGGAGAUCUACAAGUCGUACGGGGAUCCAUUCCCGGAGGAAUUCCAGAAGCGCUACGCCUCGCUCGUCGUAGCAAUGGAAAAGCUCAACCGCGAUAUCCAUCAACAGCUGAACCAACUGCAGGUCAGUUGUAAGAACCUGGCGCAGGAUCCGGCCGUCGUGGCCAUGAUUUCGCCGAGUCAUCUGCGAGAGCAAUGCCGCGAUCAGGCGGAGGAAACGUUCGACAAGAACAACAACGGUCAGUUGACGAACGAUGCGAUGAUCAAGCUGAUCAAGGAUCUCACCACGAUCAUGUACGUGGCUUCCAAUCUGGGCAAGAACGGGGACCAAACGGAACACUGCCUGCAGGUGUUGAAGGGCUGCAUGGAGGAGACCAAGGGCCGGUUAGACUUCGACAAUAUGGUCUCGUUUCAGCGAGGGGUGGUACAGCAUAUGAAGCACAUUCAGGCGGGCUUCGAGGCAGCUCACAGGCAGAAGGUGGCCGAAGAACAACAGCGGCAACAGUUGCUAGACCAGAGGCAAUCCGAAGUGGAGGCAGCAGCGGCGGCGGCUGCGGAAGCAGAAGCAGAUUCUCCCGAGAACUGAGCGUGAGGCAGGAGGGUGUGUGCAUUUCUAUAUCUUCUUUUGUAUUAACUUUUCAAGUAGUUAGUUUUAGUUCAGAGUUUUUUCUUCUUCAAGAUGUCCAAUGAAUUACGGAAUAAUAAAAUAAUUUAAAACAA